CGUGUGUAUGCCUAAUGGUGUAUGCGUGCCCCAGUGUUUCUCGAAGAAAAACACUAUUGCUUGCUUGCUUGCGAUUGCAAGGCAGCUAACCAACCAGAACCAAGUGCAUGUAACCACUAACUUGCCCUGCCCUUCGCCAUCCGGCCAUCGAUCGAUCCCCAUGGCGAGAAGCCGCGCUCCGAUGGCCGCGUUCCUCGCGCUCCUGGCCGUUGCCGCUGGUGUCGCCGCGGCCGAGCUCACCCGGGUGGAGCACCCGGCCAAGAACGACGGGUCGCUGAGCCUGCUCGUCGUCGGCGACUGGGGCCGGAAGGGCAAUUACAACCAGUCCAGGGUCGCCGAGCAGAUGGGGAAGAUUGGGGAGAAGCUGGACAUCGACUUCGUGGUCUCCACCGGGGACAACUUCUACGAGAACGGCCUCACGGGCGUCCAUGACCAGCAGUUUGAAGAAUCCUUCACCAAUAUCUACACCGCCAAGAGCUUGCAGAAGCCGUGGUACCUCGUCCUAGGGAAUCAUGACUACAGGGGUGAUGCGCUAGCACAGCUUAGCCCAGUCUUGCAGAAGCUCGAUGAGAGAUUCUUUUGCAUGAGAUCAUUCAUUGUUAAUGCAGAAAUUGUGGAUAUCUUCUUCAUCGACACCACCCCAUUUCAACUCAAGUACUGGACUCACCCAAAGGACAGUCACUACGACUGGAGAGAAGUGGCACCUCGAGAAACAUACAUAGCUGAUCUGCUGAAGGAUAUGGACAAGGAGAUGAAGAAAUCAACUGCAAAGUGGAAGAUUGCUAUUGGCCAUCAUACCAUGAGGAGUGUCAGUGACCACGGGGACACCAAGGAGCUACUGCAAUUGCUUCUUCCCGUCCUCAAGGUUAACGGCAUUGACUUCUAUAUCAAUGGGCACGACCACUGCCUGGAACACAUUAGCAGUAAAGACAGUCCAAUCCAAUACUUCACUAGUGGAGGUGGUUCAAAAGCAUGGCGAGGGGUCUACCAGCCAAAUGAUGAUAAUCUCCAGUUCUUUUAUGAUGGACAAGGGUUCAUGUCCCUCCAGCUAAACCAGGACCAAGCUGACUUCAUCUUUUAUGAUGUUUCUGGGAACAUCUUGUACCAGUGGAGCUCAAGUAAAAUAAGCCACCUCCAGCCCUCCAUCUAUGUCACUGAAAAAUGAGGCAGAUGCAGACCAUGGCAGAGAAUUAGCUCGGCUAUGCUAUUUGUAAAAAAUUGAAUGUGCUACUGUGGUAACAGUGGAGAAGGAAAUAGAUUGGCAUUAAUUAUGGUGUGUGGUUCGCUGCUGAAUAAAUAUUAGACUGGCUGUGAAUUCUGUACAAGUAUGUUGGUGUUCAUUCA